GGUGUAACUGGGGUGUAACUGGUGUCACUGGGGUGAGCCCGUCCCCCUGCAAGCAGCCGCCCCUCGGUGAUGCUGCAGCGCCGGGGGUCUUCAUCCUUGCAGCCCAAGGGGUUUUGGGGGGGCUGCUAAGUGUGGGGGUGGCCCCAUCAUUGUGUCCCCCCCCCGUGUGUGUGUGCACCCGCAGGGAGGUGGCAGGGCUUGGUGCUGCUCGGGGGGGGGGCAAGGGCAGAGUUCCUGGAGGAGGAGGAGGAGGAGGAAGAGGAAGGCGGGCCGGGACGCACGGCUCCUCUCGGACGCACCAUGAGCAGGGUGGGGGGCAGCGGGGCCCCCCCGGCACCGCUGCAAGACUACGAGGUGGCCGGCAAGGUGAUGUUACUCGGAGACUCGGGCGUGGGGAAAACCUGCUUCCUGCUGCAGUUCAGAGACGGGGCCUUUCUCUCCGGGACGUUCAUAGCCACCGUGGGCAUAGAUUUCCGGAACAAGGUGGUGGCCGUGGAUGGCGUGAAGGUGAAGCUGCAGAUUUGGGACACGGCGGGGCAGGAGCGUUUCCGCAGCGUGACCCACGCCUACUACAGGGAUGCCCAAGCCUUGCUCCUGCUCUACGACAUCACCAGCAAGAUGUCCUUCGACAACAUCCGCGCCUGGCUGACGGAGAUCCACGAGUACGCACAGAAGGACGUGGUCAUCAUGCUGCUGGGCAAUAAGGCUGACGUGAGCAGCGAGCGGGCCGUGAGGACAGAGGACGGAGCCUCGCUGGCCAGGGAGUACGGGGUGCCCUUCAUGGAGACGAGCGCCAAGACGGGGAUGAACGUGGAGCUGGCCUUCCUCGCCAUCGCCAAGGAGCUGAAGCAGCGAGCGCUGCAGCCGCCGGACGAGCCCCGCUUCCAGAUCCACGACUACAUCGAGGCGCAGCAGAAGAAAUCCGGCUGCUGCGCCUUCGCCUGAGAGCGCCGGGCAGGGACCCGGGCGCAGGCAGGGCUGGGGCACAGCGGGGCCCAAUCCUGCCCCCGGCCCCAUACCCACGGCUGUGCCGAAGCAGCGGGUACAGGAGCAGGGACAUUAUUCCAGGCGUGGUGCUGAGCAGGGCCCAGAUCCUGCCGCCCUGCGGGGUGGUGCCGGGGGCUCGCCGUGCGCCCCAACCACGGCGCGGUGCCCGCCAGCCCGAGGGACGCGGCGGUGCCACCGUCACCCCAGGACACGGCCCCAGCACCCGGCCUCUCCUCCCCUGCGGCCGCUCGUGCCCUCGCUGUGCUCCCAUCCAGCUGCGAGGGCCGGAUCCUGCCCCGCUUCCCCGCUGCUUCCCCCCGGGGAGCCGCCGGACCCAUCCCGGUGCCGGUGCCCAGCCCUGGCCACGGCUCCUCGCCGGCACCUCCGGGGGUGCCCCCGCCUGCCCCCCGCCUGCCACAGCUGGAGCAAGAGAUAAAGGAGCCCCCGGUGACUUCGAGCACACGCGGCAGUUUGGAAAACCUUCAUUUCCCCCUGGUGCAGCUGUGGGGUUUGGAGACUUUUAUUUUUCUUUAUUUAAGGGAAAAGCUUUUUGCAUUUCCGCCCCCCCCGGACCAAACCAGCUGCGGCCUCGCGCAGGCUGGGGACGGGGCUCAAGCGGCCCUUGGUGGUCCGGAGAUCUUCUGCAGGGUCCCUGGACCCGUGGUGGGUCGGGGGCACUCGUGCGUGUCCCAAAAUGAGCUCGGCGGGCUGCGGGGUGCGGGCAGCGAGGCUCGGGCACCGCGGGGCUGCGGCUCCAGUGCUCAGCAUCACCCCCCCCCAGCACCCUGUGCCAUGCAGGGCACCAGGACAGGAAUAUUUGGGACAGGGAAUAUUUGGGACGGGGAAUAUUUGGGACGGGGAAUAUUUGGGACGGGGAAUAUUUGGGGUGCUGCUGGAGGUGCCGGGGGCAGCUGCAGGGCACACGACCCCCAUGCACAGGGGGGCUGCCGGGCACAGCACCCCCUCAGCACCCCCUCCCUGCCCCGGUGGCUCCUUCACCCCCGCUGUCCUGCCGGGUGUCUCUGUGCGAGUUUACAGAUUAAAGCUGGGUAUUUUGGAGGCUU